CUUGAACUUGUGCUCGAAUUCAAUUUUUGAAAUACGCAGAUCUACAAUAUAGCAGUGAGACCACCACAUUCUUGGCUAAUCUAGAACGAGUCGAUGACUUGAUGGCCAGCGCUACAGAAGAUGAACUAGAGGAGAUAAAACGCUAUGAAGACUUUACGACCGUAGACUGGAUACAAGAUUCAAUUCUAGAGAGAAAUCGUCGAAUACGAGCUGGCAAACGUCGCUGGAUUGAAAUUGGCCAAACGUGGAUAGUCGUCUCCAUUGUAGGAGUAUGCAUUGGAUUGAACGCAGCAAUUAUAUCCAUCGUCACCGAAUGGCUUUCCGACAUCAAGAUGGGCUAUUGUGCUGAUGGAUGGUGGCUUAAUGAGCAGUUUUGUUGCUGGGAAAUUGAAGGAGAAGACGAGACUGAUGCCUGCGACUCCUGGCAUCCUUGGAGUGAAGUCGGUCCAGCGCGUUGGCUUAUUUACGUGAUGUGUGCCGCCUCGUUCUCCUUUGUGGCUGCCCACCUGGUUCGGUCGCUUGCGAAGUAUGCUGCAGGAUCAGGGAUAUCAGAGAUCAAGUGUAUAUUGGCAGGAUUCACUAUGAAACGCUUUUUGGGCUUUUCAACGCUCUUCAUCAAGAGUUUGACCUUGCCGUUGGUCAUUGCUUCUGGUCUGUCAGUAGGCAAGGAGGGUCCUUCGGUUCAUGUGGCUUGCUGUAUAGGUUUUAUUGUCGCGGGCUGGUUUCCAAAGUUCGCUAGCAGUCAAGCCAAGAUUCGUCAAGUCGUCACAGCGGCUAGUGCUGCAGGCGUCGCAGUAGCGUUUGGAUCACCUAUCGGCGGAGUAAUAUUCUCCAUCGAGGAAAUGAGCCACAAUUUCAGCAUUAAAACGAUGUGGAGGUCUUUUUUCUGCGCCUUAGUCGCUACGUUCACGCUGUCGGCGAUGAACCCGUUCCGAACGGGAAAGCUUGUCCUCUUCCAGGUCACGUACGACCGAGACUGGCAUUUCUUUGAGAUCAUAUUUUUCGUAAUUUUGGGUAUAUUCGGAGGUCUGUAUGGCGCUUUCGUCGUUAGAUUCAAUCUCCAGGUCGCCGCCUUCCGACGCAAAUACCUGCAGUCACACGCCGUGGCCGAAGCAGUCAUAUUGGCUGUGGGCACAGCGAUGAUAGGAUAUUUCAACAGGUUCCUGCGGAUUGACAUGACGGAAAGCAUGGCGAUCUUGUUCAGAGAGUGUGAUGCAUCUACUGGCGGUGGUACAGGCGACAUAUGUCAAACCUCUAUGCAAUGGCGUCUUGCCAACUCUUUGCUCCUUGCUACAAUAAUCCGUACCGCCCUCGUCGUGGUCUCCUACGGCUGUAAGGUUCCAGCAGGAAUUUUCGUCCCCAGUAUGGCCGUAGGAGCGAGUUUUGGUCGGAUGGUCGGGAUCAUGGUACGAGCGACGUAUAGAGCCUAUCCUCAAUCGGGUAUCUUUGCCUACUGUGAUCCGAAUAGUCCAGCGUGUAUCACCCCCGGAACUUAUGCAUUCUUGGGAGCUGCUGCUGCGUUGAGUGGUGUGAUGCGUAUUACAGUGACCGUGGUUGUGAUCAUGUUCGAGUUGACUGGUGCGUUAACGUAUAUAUUACCUACCAUGAUCGUUCUACUUGUAACCAAAGCAGUAGGCGACUUUCUCGGUACAAACGGUAUUGCGGAUGAGAUGAUCAAGUUCAAUGGGUUCCCGUUUCUGGAGAAGGAGGAUCAUGCGUAUGGAGUAGACGUAUCGGUGGUCAUGCGUACGGAUUUGUAUACUGUGCCGGAAAAAGGAUUGCGUGUAAAGGAUGUUGAAUCCCUGAUAUCAUCCACCGACGUGAAGGGAUUUCCCGUUGUUUCCGGUACAACAUCUGGAUCGGCGUCUUCAUUGUCAUCCUCUUGGUCCGAGGCAGUGGCCGGAACGGAAGAAGACGGUAAUCUGGAUGGCGGAAAGCCGACGUUAUUGGGAUACAUAGGCAAAACGGAACUAAAAUUCGUGUUAGAGAAAUUCCGCAAAACAGCAGGUCAUUUAGAUCCCGAGAUUCCGUGCCUAUUUGGACCUCCGUUACCUCCGCCGCCCCCUUCAGCUCCAGUGUCUGCAUCAAGACCGACGAGGCUAGCUAGCAAUAGAGUGGAUGAGUUGGUGCAAGGAAUAGAGGAAGAAGAGAUUCCUGAAACGAUGUUUGAGAGGCCGGAUGGUUCGGAGGGCAUGGAAAUAUGGCCUUGGGUCAAUCAGACACCGAUGACUGUAUCACCGCAGCUUCCAUUGGAGAUUGUGAUGCAGCUAUUCAAACGAAUGGGCCCACGCGUAAUUCUGGUUGAGGACCACGGUUCGCUGGUAGGCCUCGUCACUGUCAAAGACGUCCUACGAUUUAUUGCGAUGGAAAAACCGGGAUACCACCAUCCAUCGUGGGACGAGAGAGGCGGGUUGGAUGGGCUACUGGAGGAGCUGUGGUCUGUUAUUAGAGGAGUAGUUGAUCGGUUAGGCGAGAAGUUUGCUGGUCUGCGUAGCAGAAGAUGAACUAUAUCGGCCAUUGAUAGUCUGAGUCAGUAGUUGGGUCUACAUUUCUAUUUGAUGAUAUCUGAUUCUCAGCGUAUGUAUAGGUGUAUUUUAUUUCAACGUAAUUAAUUUUAUUGAUUGAAAAAUUC